AGAAUGUACGCCUGUGAAAGCGGAACUGUCAACUGACAGAUUGUGGGUUGCAUCGUUUCUCUACUUUAUACGCCAUGAUGGACUUUUAAGUUAAAGAAACCCGGGUCAUAUAACAUCGUCGAAGAGAGAAAGCUGCGAACAUGACCAAUGUGUACUCUUUCGAUGGCAUCCUGGUGUUUGGCCUGCUGUUCAUAUGCACGUGUGCCUACCUCAAAAAGGUGCCUCGCCUCAACAGCUGGCUGCUGUCAGAGAAGAAAGGAGUCUGGGGCGUCUUCUAUAAAGCUGCAGUAAUUGGGACGCGGCUUCACAUUGCCGUGGCGAUUUCCUGUGUUGUUAUGGGUUUCUACGUCGUCUUCCUGAAAUGACCAAGGCAGACUGGACUUCAAAGGACUGUACGGGUGCAGGAUGGGGAUGAACUCAUCAUUACAUCAGUGGUCAUGUGAAUAUCCGUGAUGCAGAGACUCUUCCAGGAUUAAAUGACUGAUGAAACCUCAUUUCCCUGUGGACCCAUGUGGAAUAACAGCCAGGGCUGCCCCCUUCUGGUGACUGGGUACAUAACUCCCUUUCUUUAAUAAUGUACAGUAUGUGCACUACAGACAUGAAGGGUAUCCGGUGAUGAUAGAGAAGAGAACCUGUUUGGUCACAUGGUAUCAUUCUGUUGUCGGGUAACAUUGUUGUCUCUAUCCACACCCCAUGAUUAUUUAUACUGAAGGAUGCUGAAUAGAAUUGCAGUGUAUGCAUAGUACUGUGUACCUGUACAUAACCUGAAAUGUAUCUAGCUGUAUAUAUUUGGAAGAGGUGUGACCAAUAACCAGAUAUCCAACAGAAAAUCACCAAUCUCUUCUAGCACCCACUUUUAUUGUGUGUCACAUCUUGUGUCAAAGGUGGAGGGUUACCACAAACAGAGCUAAUAUAUAAAGAUGUUCUUGUAUACACUAUAUUUCACUGUUUAGGAGUUAUUAACUUUUCUUAACAGUGCUGUGUAAUGGCAUCUCCUACCUUUUUUGGGUUUGAAAUACACAUUUUUUCACUGGUGUGUUUUGUACUUAUGUCAAAUUCUAAAAAGAUUAUGAAAGUCAUAAAUUAAUUCAUUAGGGCUGGGUCAUACCUGGCGCAGUCCGCGGAGAGCGGCUUUGCAUUUCCAUUCAGUCUGGUGCCCCACAUGUGUUUACUCGAGCCUUAUUCACACAGAAACUGAACUUUUUUUUCAUUCUUAAAGUUAGCCGUCACAAAAUCCCCAAAACAACUUUAAACACUGUAGCAUAUAUGCCAGGCCUGUAUGUGGUGCUGUAAUGCCACAGAAAUACACUAAACACAGGAAGAUGAAGGCAACAAUGAUGGCGAUAGCGACAGCAAAUUCAAGAUUAAGAGGAAGGCGUCUCUAAAUCUCACGUUCCAUUCCAGUAGCGGCAAUUUCUCACCAGGAAAUCACCCACAUUCGUGUUUCCUCGUGUUCAAUGAGCACUGAGUACUGGCGGACUUCCUUUUAUAACCUCAAGCAUGUCUUCUUUGAAAUCUCUUUUGACUGACUGAAACAAGUUAGUACCACCAACUUGACUUGAAAGGUUUGAGCUACACAGUGCGUAAACUGGAGGUGUGCAUAUACGUGUCCAUGUAUAGAACAAAUCAGGUUUGUGGUACAGACUGGAUUUUUCAGUAUACACUGUCCAAAGUGGACAUACGAUCCCCUCAUGGACAUCUGCACACAUGCGGACACGUAAAGUAUGACCUGAGACAAGAGAAGAGUAAAUAGGUAUAUUUCAACAUGUGAAAACUGGACAACUGUAUCUGACAUGUUUGAAGAUGUAAAUGCUAUAAAAGAGAUGAUGCUUCUCUACUGUUACUGUGUUUAAUUCUGCCACCUUACUUUUUUUUAUAUAUAUAUUUGUUUUGGAAGGGUUAGGGGUGCAAUGCAAUUUUGAGUAAACUGAUCAAACAGG